AUUAUUCAUUCAUUCCAUAAAUAAGUCUCAUUCUUGCUCUCCUCUCUCUCUCUCUCUCAGAUCUACCUGAACCGACCCGCCGCAACAGCCAACUGAUGGCGGCGCCUCCCCCCUGCAAUUCCCUCCCCCUCAGGCGCCGCAGAGACCACGAUUCAGUUGAGGAUCAGAAUGAGGAUCAGAAGGAUCCUCAGAGAUCUAAAGUUGGCGACCAGGAUUUCGUAAGAGAAGAACUCAACACUGAUUCUGUUCCUAAAGUUGAGGAUCAGAGUGACCCUUUUGCGAAAUUGAAAUCUUCUGGAGGAGUUGCAAGCCUCACAGAUCGGGAAAUUUUCGAUAUGUGGCUUGCGAUGCGGGGAGGAAAAACAUGCUCCUCCCAAGAGGUAGCUGAUAAAAUGUUCAGUAACUUUAAGGAAUCUAUUUUGGAUAAGCCCAGCACUCAUGCUGAUUCUGUUCCUAAAGUUGAGGAUCAGAGUGACCCUUUUGCGAAAUUGAAAUCUUCAGGAGGAGUUGCAAGCCUCACAGAUCGGGAAAUUUUCGAUAUGUGGCUUGCGAUGAUGGGAGGAAAAACAUACCCCGACAAACAGGAAGAAGACAAAGCGUACAUCAACUUUCAACAAAAUAUUCGUGAGGAGCCCGCAGAUCAGGACGAGUAUACUUACAAUUGUCUCAGUUUAGCUGAUCAAUCCAAAGAAGAGAUCGCAAAAAAAUUCAGAAAGACGGGUGAGGCUCACUUCUUUCAAGGAUCUUGCUUCUAUGUUUCAAAGUUUCUUGUUCCAAAGCAAUUUCACCGUGAAAAUAAAGAAGCUAUGAGUUGUUGCUUCAUGCAGUACAAGCGUUGAAACUAUGUAGAACGCAUAACUGACACGAAGCAUAAGCAAAAAACAAGUUCGUUCAGGAUGGAGAGACAAUGAGUUGGAGAGAUGCUUACUGAAUAUAAAGAAGUCUAGACUUUUGUUCGGUAGGUAUUCGUAAACUAGCAUCCUUUCUUCUUUAUCACAACAGCAACCAAGCAGUCUCACUAGAUUUCGAUGUUGGAGUUUAACUAAAAGUGUAACCUCAUUUUUAAACUCUUGUUUGCCUUGACCUGAAUCUCUGGACAAUCGUUUCACUGCUACCUCUUGUCGAUUAACCAAGCAACCCUGAAAUUCUUAUCUAUGAACAUAAAGAUGUGAAAGAUGUUUUCACUUCUUAAAUCAAUAACUUAAUGUAGAGUUCACAUACCUUAUAGACAGAGCCAAAUCCACCUUGUCCAAGCUUAUUCUCUUGACUAAAAUUUCUUGUAGCUGUUAUUAUUGUUUUCAAGCUGAAAAACGGUAGACUUGAAUGUGUGUUGCUUUGACCACCGAUCUCUUCUUCCGAGGAAUCUUGGUUUGAUUGCUGCAGCAUUUCAUCUGAAGUUACAAAUGGCGUGAGGUAAGACUUCAAUCAACUUAUACAUUUUGCCAUGCAAUACACAUACCCUUAAAAAUAAAAAUAAACAGGUAUUAUCCUUAAAAAUAUAUAACAUACCCUUUCUUUUUUUCUUCCACAUGCAAUACACACAUGAGAGGAGGACGACAAUUGCAACUAUAGAAACUACCAGAACCGCAGCCAACCUCUUUCUACCAAGGAUUGCUUUGCUGCUUUUGUUGCUAUUUGCUUUGGCUGAUACGAAGUAACAAGUCCAUUGAAAUUCAAAUUUCGCCUAAUUAGUGGUAUCAAAUUUAGAAUGAAAAAUUUAAUAGACUAGUAGGGAAUGUCUUACCUAAUUCAACACCAUCGACGCGUAAAAAUAAAUCUUGGCCUUGAUCACUAAGUUUUUGAAUGUCCAUUAAAUCACCAUACCAAGUCAAACAUCCACUUCCACCAUUCCUCACAUCAGCAAAUGCAUAGGCAGUACAAGAGCAGUUUCUUAAGCAUUCUUUUUCACAUUCUUCCAAACUCAAACCACCUUUAGCAACUGCUACAGAUGUAUCAGGAACUUUCAAGCUUACAAUUUUGACAAACCCUUCUCCAUUAUCACAGAUAGAUACACCUUUCUUUCUUACACAUCCUCCUGACCCAUCUCUACUAUCAUACCAAUCACGUGGAAAUUUCGGUUCAAAACCAAGUAAACAAGUACACUUAAAGUCCUCAAAGUUGAAAGGGUCACAAUUACUGUUUGUUCCACAUGUUGCAUAGUUAUCGCAUUGAUUUGUUGGUUCAGAGACCAGUACCGGUUCCAUUGAGUCUUUUGACUGUCCCACAUGAAUGUUUGAAAGAAACCAGAUUGCUGAACCACAAUCCUAGUAAUGACAGACUUAUCAAACAUGUUAUAUGUGAGUGCUACAUGAUUGUCAUCUUCAACCAAAGAAACGUUAAAAGUGGCCAUAUCUCGUUUCAUAUUAGGUACACCUACUAAUAAUUCUCCGUUCCAAUGUCCACCACGCCACCAAGGAAGAUCACCGUUGUACAUAAACAACUGAGUUUUGCCAAUGGUGCUGAAUUUCAACGUGAAUGCGCCUUUUCCAGGGUCAACAUCUGUCUUCCAUGAUUGAAGGAACCAACUUUGAUUAGUUUUUCUAUCAAAACCAACCUUUAGAUACGGAAGCAAGGUAUCUGUGGGAUGAUCAAAGCUUUCCCAGAUAACAGUUUUGGUAUUGUUUAUCAUCAGAACAAGAUUUGCUAUAUCCGAUAGCUGAGCUACGACACUGGUACUAUUUCCUUGUGAUUGUGGGAUUGAAACAUUUGUAGACCAAAUGGUAAUAGUGCUAAGGUUGUGGUAGAGUACUAGAUUUCCAUUUCGGUCUAUCGAUAGGAUUCCAGAAGUGUCAUAUUGAUUGGACUAUCUCUGUUUGCAACCCAAACAACAGUUUGGAUUGGCAAAUUGUUGUACCAAAUUCCGACAUAACGAGAGGUGGACUUUUCUGGAGUGAAGAAUCCAAGAGCAAAAGUUUUAGAUUUAGAAACAAGAACCUCACCAUCUCUUAUUGGUUUAUCAGUGGAUAUGGUAUCAGAAGAACAAGAGCAAAAGGAAAAGGUAAUAAGUAGAAUCAAAGAGUUUAUAAGCAACCAAUUGUUAUGUAAUACUAUCUUGUGUUUAAGAUUUUUGGCUGUGACAAGGUAGAGAAGAUUUCUAGCAGAUUCCAUCUAGAGUCAUCAAAUUUAGUACAAACUGACACAGAUUUUAUUCUUCAACAACACAGUUACUUAAACAGUUGAUUUUAGAGUCAUCAAAUAUUUCCUGUGUGACUA